CUCCUUCGCCGUUCUCGCGGGACUGGUUUAGGCCAUGGCAAGGUAUUCCCUACCGCUAUUUGCGUCGUUUAUAGUGACUUUGUGCGCGGUAUUUCAACCCAGCCAUACAUAUCAAAUUGGGCGAUGGGAAAGAGACAGAGAGACAGAGAGACAGACUGAGCAAAAGGGCGUGAGUCAUCUGAUACAGACUUGUUCCAGCACCGGAACCAAUUGUCAUCCAACGCUCGCAAGCUCCCGGGUCCCCGCAAACCGCACUAAGAUGCGCAAGACAAAGAAGAGGCCAGAGACAAAAAAGUUGAACACACUUCCAGCGGCCCAAAAUGACGAAAGGAAACCAUGUGUUCCGCGUCACUAUCAGAUUUGCCACGAGGGCCUCGGAGUACGGGUACCUACCGUUCAGGACCAAACCCAGACUCUGAAAGAGGACAUCGAACAAACGGCGCUCAGCGGUUUUGCUCGGACGUCGUCGUCGGUCCUCGAGCAACACACCCCCCUACCCAACCUAGCCUCGUCUCCCUUCCCUUCCGAGUCUUUUCCAGUGCCCCUCCCCGCGUGCGAGUGCAACGACGACGUUGGAGAAUAGGACCCGAGCACCGAGCAACGUCGCAUAUCUAGUGUAGCAAGCGCCCUUUCGCCCCCCCUUCCCAAGAUCAUCAGGAGUUACGCUUAGUUCAAAAAGUC